UUUCACUUCCUUAUUAUUGUAUGCUCAUUUCCGUGUGCCAAGUAUGCGCGUCAUGCAGCAGUCUGACUCCGAAGACCCGCAGGUGUCCCACCGGGCUCUCUUUGAGGAUUAUUUAAGUUGUCACGUGACUUUGUGUCCAGAACCCGGGCCGUGUCGGGAUGAGGACAUCCUGAGCCGCGCGGCACAAGUGCUGUUGCGGCAUCCCGUGCCCGUGUCUGAGUGUAGCGCUACACUGGUCCGUUUGUGCCAUCAUGUAAUUAAAAAAAUCCUGCCCACAGACCCAUCACACUUGCCCGGCCUGAUCCGAGCCGCUGAAAUACUUGAGACGCUUUGCCUCAACUUGUACCUGCAGCCCUGGAGGAAGGAGAUCCGCAAACUUAAGUCUUUCACAGGUGCAUUUGUCUACUGCCUCCUGCCGGCCCUCGGCAGAAGUACUCUUCAGUCCAUCUUGGCCUCAAUCGGAUACUUGCCCAACGAGAUCGGGCUUCCUGCCAGUGAGUACAGACUGUCUGAGGAUGCAAGUCCAGAGGGAGCCCUCCAAGUAGCCUUUCAGCUCCUGUUGACUAGAGCCUUGUGCCUUCACCUGUUCCAGCUGCAGCAGCACAACAGGCCUGAAGUACAGGUGUGUGUGGAAAGACUCCAACUUAAACUGCCGCCUGUAGAGCAGUCACAAGGCAGCGAAGGUACAGGCAUCAGCACAGAGGUGAAAGAGGGCAACCAAACUGAAGGGGAGGAGGCGGACACAGAAGCUGAGCUAAACCAAGCUGUAUGUCCAGAAGAUGCUAUAGCCUCAGGCCUCACUGAAGACCAGUCUAUCUACAAUCUGCAGCUAACCUAUCCUGACCUGGUGUUCAGGGGCCGCCCUCUGCGGCAGGAAGAUGAUGACCACACCCCUUCACAGCACACACCACUAUCACACAGACGCUACGCACAGAGGACUCGGGUGCCAUACAAAUCAACAAUCAAAGAUAUCAUUGAAGACGAGGGACUGAGUGGUCCCUUGGGCCUCUCUCUGCAUAUAACAUUAAGACCACAAAACAUUCGACUCUCACCCUGCACUCAGCAGCACCCAAAAACAGAUAUGUCUUGUGAAGAAAAUGUUGACUCCCCUGUCAAGUGUGAGGAUGAUGAGGUGCCCAAAGCAGAAGAUGCCCAAGCGUGUACCCAGGACCACACCACCUCGAUAGGCACGGAGGAUCUGCACUCAACAGAGGAAUCUGCAGCUUUGAUCUAGUCUUUAAGAAAUGUUCUCAAAACCACUUUCAAAGAUAAAAUAUUAUAUUCAUGUUAACAUAUAGGCCGCUUUUACUUCUGUGGCACAUUAAAUUAGAAAUUUUCUAUCCAAUCCUACGUUUGAGAAAAUUAGGUGUUUAUCUACAUGGUUCUGAGCAAAAAGUUUUAAGUUUUUGCAUUGCAAUUAAUAUGUAUUUUUCUAUGGCAACCGCAGGAGUGGAUGGCUGUUUUCUUGUUGUGUGUCACUGUUUUGCAUUAGACUGUUAAAAUAUUAAUGAAAUAUAUUUAAACUCAGGCAAAAAGGCCAAACCAAAACAGGCAAAAUGUUGCCUAUAAUCCAUUGCAUCAUUACACAAGUUACAGAAAGAUGAACUGGAAUUGUGAAUUAGUUCUUGCAUUGGGUCUAAGUGGGUACAGUAAAUAUCAUAUACACAAAAUGAAAUUAGAAUGAAGAUGCAAACCCUUAUUCUAAGUAUUUUAAUCCAUGUUAAUAUGUAUAUGAACUCAUUGAAAACAGGGUGGGACAAAAAAUAUAGCCAAACAAUUAGCAUUUAUAAAGAAUGUAACUUUAGUUUUGGAAGCUACACCUAUGACAAAUAAAUGUAAAUUUUGUUGAUGAAAUUUGUUCAGUUUGAAUUUGAAUAUCAUUUAGUUUUUCUCAUUUUUGGUAGCUUCAUUUUUUCUGGUUUUUACACACAUAUUAGUAUCU